GUUUAUCCAGUUGACAGUUUGUGGAAAAUCGUCACGGUGCUCGCAUCAAACGGGAAUCGAACGCGGAAAACUGCGAGAAAAGCGAGGAAAAACGGGUGCAGAGACUGAUUGGGAAAUAUGUGCGCCUGAGUUUUCCCGGCCAGAAGGCAAAGUGCCAAAUGUUCUGAAAAAUAAUUCCUGUAAUAAUCAACGGGAUUAACAUCGACGCGCCACGAAUAAAAUUUCAAAUGCAACAAGAAAAGUGAACAGCAAAAAGUGUAGCCGAAAUUAAAUUGUUUUUCCAGUGCCAAAAAAAAAUAUAUAAAUCGGGAAAGAGCCAAAAACUGUUUAAACUCUUGUUGCGAUUUUAAUUGGUAGAAAUCUCUAAUCUAAAGAUGGCCAACAGCCGGAGCAACUUCCUGACAAUCGGAUUACUUUUGACCCUGAUCGCCAGCGGUCAGGCUCAUCUAAACAUUUUCCUCAAUUUGCACGAGGUGUUGCGAUUAAUUGGAGUCUCAGCUGAACUCUACUACGUGCGUGAGGGUGCCAUUAACGACUAUGCCUUGAACUUUGCCGUUCCUGUGCCGGCUAACAUUAGCGACGUGACCUUUACAUGGCAAUCGCUGGUGGAUCACCCGUUGCCCUACAGCAUCAAUAUCGCCACUUCGGAUACAGAGGUCUUGCCCAGACCAAUCUUAAAUAUAUCUCGUAUCGGGGAUGUGCCCAUGGAACCGCAGACAUGGGGCAUUGCCCUGAAGUGCUCCGGGACCAGGAAUGCCGAAGUUACGGUCACCAUUAACGUGGAGGUGAUCCUAGAUCGAGCGACCAACAACAACACGAAUCUGAUCUUUAAGAGGAAAAAGAUUUGCUUAAGGGAAGAGCAGGAUAGUGCUCAUGAGGAGUAUGAUGACGAUGAUGUGGAUUUGUUGCAAACUGCAAGAAAGGGACAUGGUAGCGAUAUUCACUAUGUGGAUCGUAAUGAUGAUCAUUUGGUUGCCAAUGGACACCUGUCGCCAGAGAAGGAGAAGCGUCCUAUUGUCACAGAGUCCCCAAUCGGACGAGGAAAUUCCGGAGGAUCUAAAAGGGACUUUGAUCCUAUGUUAAGGGAAAACCUUGUUCCUCCAGCUAGUGGCUUGGUUACUCUUAUAGUCGGUGGUAUUCUGGCUCUGGUCCUGGUCUCCACCCUCAUACUGAUAGCCUACUGUGCCAAGGGUCCCUCUAAGCGACAUCCAUCGAACGGAGUGCAUUUAAUUAAGACCUCCAGCUUCCAGAGACUGCCCACCAUUUCGUCGACUGCCCACAAUUCCAUAUAUGUUUGCCCAUCGACCAUCACACCCACAUAUGCCACACUGACGCGGCCCUUUCGCGAAUAUGAGCAUGAGCCUGAGGAGUUCAACCGCCGUCUCCAAGAGCUGACAGUCCAAAAGUGCCGCGUCCGUCUCUCCUGUCUCGUCCAGGAGGGUAACUUUGGGCGAAUCUAUCGCGGUACUUAUAACGACUGCCAGGAGGUAUUGGUCAAGACUGUGGCUCAGCACGCCAGCCAGUUGCAAGUGAAUCUGCUGCUGCAGGAGUCCAUGAUGCUGUACGAAGCCUCGCAUCCGAAUAUCCUAUCCGUUUUGGGCAUUUCCAUUGAGGACUAUGCCACGCCCUUUGUGCUCUAUGCCGCCACCGGAAGUGUCAGGAAUUUGAAGAGCUUCCUGCAGGAUCCGUCGUAUGCCAGAAGUGUAACCACAAUCCAGACAGUGUUAAUGGGUUCUCAACUGGCCAUGGCCAUGGAGCAUCUGCACAACCACGGUGUGAUUCACAAGGACAUAGCAGCCAGAAACUGUGUAAUUGAUGAUCAGCUGCGUGUUAAACUCACAGAUAGUGCUCUUAGUCGUGAUCUCUUCCCUGGUGACUAUAACUCUCUGGGUGAUGGCGAGUACCGACCCAUUAAGUGGCUCUCCUUGGAGGCACUACAAAAGUCGCAUUACAACGAAGGCAGUGAUGUUUGGUCCUUCGGCGUUCUUAUGUGGGAAAUGUGCACUUUGGGUAAACUGCCUUACGCCGAGAUCGAUCCCUAUGAGAUGGAGCAUUAUCUGAAGGAUGGCUAUAGAUUAGCUCAGCCUUUCAACUGCCCUGACGAGCUCUUUACCAUUAUGGCUUAUUGCUGGGCCUCCAUGCCGGCCGAACGGCCCUCGUUCAGCCAGCUGCAGAUCUGUCUAUCAGAGUUCCACACCCAGAUUACCAGAUAUGUUUAACCAGCGGUGCUGAAGCAUGCCAAGACCUGUAAAUAUAACAAGAGGCGACGUCGCAAGAUUUUCCAGCAGACCACGUCGUCCACUCUGUUCCCAAAGACAUAUUAAAUGGUAGCUAUUGGGAUUAUUAGGAUAUCCCCAGGAGUAUAUGAAUGACUUAUGAGAAAACAUGGAUAGGAUCGUAAGAGGGUGAAACGGCCUGAAAACUUCUAACCACAUAACUUUUAGUUAUAUAUAUUUAGAUCGUAAGGACAUGUGACAUUUCAAUGCAAGAAUUAGGAUUAUAAAAAUAACAAAAAAAAACCCCUGUUAAGACACAAACACACGUUCUCUCGCUAAGAUGAGCUAAAGCCCAGUAAAAUUGUAUCCUAAGAACACCCCUGAAGACUCCAACAUAAAAUAAAGAGAAAUAGCAAAAAUAUUGAUAUAUACUAAUCUUAGCUAAAGCAGAUCCAUUAAAAUCAGAAUCCCUCAAGAAAAAAAAAA